GAAAACCUUCAAACACAACGCCAAGCUAACACUUCGGUUCUCCUCUCCUCCUGUCGCCCUUUUCAUGGUGUUGAUCCAAUUCUUUGGCUACCUAUGACCCCCGUGGAACGCAGUCGAGUUAUACAUUGGCGUCUCCAUUGGUUACCUGGUGGGGUCCCAAAACCGUGCAUAGAUCACCCUAAUGUCAUGUUUACCCGCAAACACUCAAUAAUAUGCCUUCACAUGCACCGUCGAUUACAAAUGCCCCUUACAGUAAAUGAUCCAAUAUCAUUUCUUCUCAACAUGCUACCAACCAGAAAAACACGUAACAAACAAAACCCUUCAACGCUUCUCCAACUGGACAAUCCGUUGGCCCGCCCUAUAUCACAUCCUCUUCGAACUUGACUAUCUACAUCAUGAUAAGAUCCCCCACCCCACCCCACCCCCCCCCGAAACUCCAUCUCUUGGUAACAAGUUAGUCCGUGGCUCACUCAGGACUAAUCUAGUCCUGGAUUUACCCUCUUUUACUCUUCCCUUCUCUACUGCCUUUUUCCUUUAUUGACUAUCAAAAGGUUUUUUAGCACCCUUCUCCCCUUCUAUUUGAUCUGACCCGGGCGAUUCAAUCUCAUAAUGAUUAUGUGCUCAUGUGGGUUUAAAAUUAUUUGCCAAUAAAAAUCUUGUUUAAUCGUAGUGUCAUCUCUUAUCUUUUUGUUGAGUUAGAA